CUUUGUUUUAACAACUAAUUAAUCCUAAUUAAGAUAUAUAUGUGUUCUAUAUAUAAUUUUUACCAAAAAUCAUCGCCUAUAUAUAUGCUGGAGCUUUAUUGGGGCUUUUUAGGGUUAAUUAUUGAUUUUUUUUUUUUCAUAUAAACUAGGAAAUUGAAGCACAGAAAAGGGUUUUAUUUGUAUAUCCUAUAACUGGGAAACAAGAUAUUGGAGUGCUCGUGUUGGACAAUUAUGGGAAGGGGAAAGAUAGAUAUCAAGAGGAUUGAGAACAGCACUAGCAGGCAAGUCACCUUCUCCAAGCGUCGGGGAGGGCUACUAAAGAAGACUCAUGAGCUUUCUGUGUUGUGUGACGCCCAAAUCGGCCUCAUCAUCUUCUCAACCAAAGGGAAGCUGUUUGAGUAUUGCACUCAUCCACUGAGCAUGGGGGAAAUCAUAGAAAGGUACUUGAGGGUAACAGAAACUCGUAUCCCUGAGCGUGACAGCCGGGAGGAAGUAUUCAAAGAGAUGACAAAGAUGAGGAAGGAAACACAUCAUCUUGAGUUAAGUCUGCAAUGCUAUAAGGGAGAUUUGAGUUCUGUGAGGUAUAAUGAUCUGGAUGAACUUGAGCGACAGCUUGAACAGUCACUCAACAAAGUUCAAGCUCGAAAGUUCCAGCUCUUGCAGCAGCAGCUGGACAACCUUCAGAGGACGGAGAAAAUGCUGGAGAAGGAAAAUCAAGAUAUGUACCAUUGGCUGAUGAGCAAUCAUGUUCAGAAGCAACAAGAAGCAGAUCUGGAGAUUCAUCAGCACGCGAUGACGGAACUGAAGCUAAUGGGACAGCAGCAGCAGCAGCAAGUGUUGGAUCAUGAGUUUCCCUUCUAUGGAGAAGAGCAGCAGCCCAGUGGUGCGCUUCAGCUGCAGCCUGAAAACCUCCCUUUUCAGCUCUACCCGCCGUAUCGUCUCCAACCUUCUCAGCCAAACCUUCAAGACCCCACUCUCCAUCCCCCUGCAGGCUAUAUAUGGUAA